AUGAAGCCGUACUGGAUCCUUCGACAUCACGGCUCAUCGUCCAUCCGAUCCAUACAUCACGACCGCCACUCGCUCGUCGUCGGAGACGAGACAGGUGCCGUCUCGAUUGUCGACCUCCAACACCUCCGACCAACAGUGGGAUGGAACGCGCACACCGACUCCGUCCUCACCGUCAUCUCGCUCGGCGACCAUGUCUUGACGCAUAGCAGGGACAACAAUGUGCAUCUCUGGAAGCUGCCGGAUUCUUCGCCCGCCCUAGGGACUCUUUCGCAGGUCGAUGGCGCGCAAAAGCCGCAACUCGUAACGAGUGUAGGGGUGAAUGCACUCAACUUUUCAAGGUGCGCAUACAACGACGCCAGAAUCGCCGUACCCAACGCACUCGACGCUGCAUACAUCGACGUCAUAGAGCUCCAAUCGGGUGUGCGGUUGGUCGAGGCCAUAGGCAGGCCAGACAUCAAGCGCACGGCUGGAAGCAGGAUGCCGAUCGUCAUGUCCCUACACCUUGUCGCCGGCGGUGUGGUUGCAGGGUACGAGGAUGGGUGGGUAAAGAGGUGGACCCUGGACGGAGAGCUCGUCUGGCAGACCCGGUGUCAUUCCGAAUCAGUGAUGAGCACGGCGAUCAGCACGAAGUUCGGCGUGUCGGUGGGCGCAGAUGACCGCAUCGCGCGCUUCGAUCUCCUCACCGGCGAAAUGCAGCUCCUGCAAACCAAGACUCCGGGCAAAGCAAGCGUGGCUAUCGCUCCAGACGCCAACACUUUCGUAGUCGGAGCGUGGGACGGAUCCAUACGAGCCUAUUCGAUGGCCGACUUGACCGAGCUCGGCAACUUGAGCUACCAUUCAGACACGGUCGAGUGCCUCGAGUUCGCCUCCAUGCCCAACCAAGACGACGACACUGACGACGAUGACGACGAUGACGACGACGAUGACUCCAGCGACAGACACUCGUCUCAGCACACACAACCCGCACGCGACAACCAACUCGUCCUCGCAGCCGGCGGAAGAGAUGGCAAGAUCUCGCUGUGGAAGUACUUCUGA